GAAGAAGAAGAUUAGGAGAAGCUCAAGGAGCGGAGGGAGGAAUCAUCAGUACCCUACCGGUCCAGUCGCAAGAGAAGAUGAGGACGAUCAACAAUAAGGAGGUAGGCCACCUAUGGAAGACAAUCCGGGAAUUGAGAAAAAAGUGGAUGCCAGAACCCAUAUUAUCAGGUGGUCCUAGAUGUGGUGACCCCCUUUUCAAAAAGGGUGAUGUCGUGUCCUCUCCCGGAGAAUUUCAAGGCGUCCAGGUGAAGGCAUAUAAUGGGACGACCGGUCCCCAAGAUCACUUAUCACGGUUCCGGGCUAACGUGGUUAUGUUGGCCUACCCUGAAGAAAUCAUUUGUCGCUGCUUCCUAGCAAAGUUGGAGAGCCAAGCCUGUGAAUGGUUUUACAAACUACCUGAGGGAUCAAUCCAUCGAUGGAAGGGCUUGUUCAACAAAUUCCUCGAGCACUUUGCAGCGAGCAAACGACAGAAACUUCCCUACUCUCACUUACUCAACGUCAAAAUACGCAAGGGGGAACAACUCUGGGACUUCAUAUCCCACUGGGAGGAGGCUACAGACGUCCAGAGGGCGGACGAUCAAGCCCUCGUCGCAAUGCUUUAAGGAGCACUCCCCCGGGGGUGCGCACAAGGAGCCGCGGAGGAAUCCACUCCCCGCAUUAAGAGAUAUUGGUGAAGGCUAAGUAUUUAGCGGUGGAAGAAGACGACGAAGAAAAACUUAGCGAGCUACAUUAUAUUGUACUGUCAAGCUUUAAUAUCUAAUAAUAAUCUGACCCGACGCCCGGUUCAGGUCUUCUGGUGAAAUUCUUGUCCAUCAUCGCCUAUUCACAUAUAUCAUCAUCGUCUGUAUAGCAACAAUAACAAAAUCAUAUGUAAUUA